UUGGUUUAUCAAUAUAGUUAAUACUACAGAAUGCUAACGUAAAGUGUAUAACAAAGUGUAUUCAAUAUACAGUGUACAGGUACUAUACAAUAGUAAAUACAUUAUUAAACAGUAUUUAUCAAUACUUAAGGCAUUAAUGUAUUUUUUUAUGCCAAUUAAGACAUGUCCAAACUAAUAUAACAUGAAGAACCAAGGAGGCUUACACUUUUUUGUCAAUAAAAAACAGUUUCUGUCAUUUGUUGGCUAACUGAGUAGUCAAAGCCAGCAAAUCCACGCGCUGAGUGACAUCGGCACCUCCCCUCGACGCAGCGUGUCCCUGCUGAUCGAUGCUUGAGAGUGGCACGCUAACAGAGACUUGUUCGCUGUGUCAGGGUAGAGUGGACACUUUCACGAGAGAAAAUAAGUUAGGCUUAACCCACUGCAGUCCCAGAGUUUGUCUGACUCGCUGUGGCUCCCGAGGCGUGCUUCACGGCUGGCCGACAGUGUCGCGCUCUCUUUGUGAGCGUGUGUGUCCUCAGUGCACGGCGCUCUGGCUGAGGCUCGCUGCAGCUGUGUCUUCUCAAUAGCGCUUAUUGUAGCCGCUGUGUUGUAGACGCGCGCGGAGUCUGCUGAGCGCGAUCACGCUGAGCGGAGACGUCUGUACUUCAGGGAUGCUUUCCGACGUGUUUCAUUGACUUGUUGGGUGAAGAAAGCGUCUGAACGGGCUACGACGUGAAGGAGUCCUUCUACAUUUUCCAAACAAUUCCAAUUUAUAAGCACGCAGAGGAGCGGAAAGAUAAGGUUGGAGAGCUACGAUCAUUCAUUCCUGAGGUCUUCGCCAUCAAUAACUGGUCAGAUGGUCUGGUUUGUUGUGCUACCUGAUCCAGUGCUGAGGGCGGUCUGCAGCUUUCCAUGAGCUUGUUUUGAGCCUCAAGUUCUUUAGUGCACAUUCACUACGGAGGAGUGUAUUUUUUUGUUUUCUUUUUUUUACUUUUGUACUUCAUCCAAAUGAUGCAGAGAGGCUCUGCGGUGUGGAGUGGACUAACUUUAAUGACUAUCUUGUUGUUGGCCCAUUGGGACGUGGGCUGCCGGGGGAUGACACUGAACUCAAUUCCUCUCCGCUCGGCUUCUCAGAGGCCCUUUGGAGCUGGUGUGGCCGAAUCCCUUCGCAGACACAAAAGAAACUGGGUGUGGAAUCAGUUCUUCGUCCUGGAGGAGUUCACAGGAGAUGAACCGCUUUAUGUGGGCAAGCUUCACUCUGAUGUAGACAAAGGUGAGGGGAAAGUAAAAUAUGUGCUCAAUGGUGAGGGUGCAACCUCCAUUUUCACCAUAGACGAGAACACAGGCGACAUACACGCCACUAAACGCCUGGACCGAGAAGAACAAGCCUACUACACACUUCGAGCUCAGGCCAGAGACCGUGCCACCAACCUGCCCGUUGAACCCGAGUCCGAAUUUGUUAUCAAAGUGCAGGAUAUCAACGACAACGAACCAAAGUUUUUGGAUGGCCCUUAUCAAGCUCAAGUACCAGAAAUGUCUCCUGUUGGCACAUCUGUGGUUGAGGUUAAGGCGACCGACGCAGACGACCCUACGUAUGGAAACAGUGCCAGAGUCGUGUACAGCAUCCUUGAGGGACAGCCAUAUUUCUCAGUGGAGCCUAAGACAGGCAUUGUGAGGACGGCUUUGCCCAACAUGGAUCGAGAAGCACGGGACCAAUAUCUGCUGGUCAUUCAAGCCAAAGACAUGGUCGGUCAGAUGGGAGGGCUCUCGGGCACUACAUCGGUGACGGUCAUGCUGUCGGACGUUAACGACAAUCCACCCCGCUUCUCACGGAAAUCCUAUCAGUUUGCUGUGCCUGAAUCCCUGCCCGUGGCAUCGGUGGUGGCCAAGAUAAAAGCCUUGGAUUCUGACAUCGGACCAAAUGCUGAGAUGGACUACAGAAUUAUAGAGGGCGACGGCCUUGGGGUGUUCAGGGUCGCACCAGACAAAGAUACCCAGGAAGGAGUCAUAACUCUGCAGAAGAAUCUCGACUUUGAGACAAAGUCAAGCUACACUCUGAAAAUCGAGGCAUCCAACAGGAACAUAGAUCCACGCUUCUUGUCUCAAGGACCGUUCAGUGAUACGGCAAUGGUGAGGGUGUCUGUGGAGAAUGUAGAUGAGCCUCCGAUUUUCUCCUCCCCGCUCAGUAAAAUGGUCGUCUCUGAAGCUGCUAAAGUGGGAACCAUCAUAGGCACCGUCUCUGCUCUGGACCCCGAUUCCACCAAUAGCCCUAUUAGGUACUCGAUAGACAGAAACACAGACCUGGAGCGAUUUUUCAACAUCGAGGCGUCAACGGGGGUCAUCAGCACAGCUAAACUUUUGGACAGAGAAGUCAAUGCUGUACACAACAUCACCAUCCUCGCCAUUGAAAGUUUGGAUCCAUCACAGGUGGGGAAAGGUGUGGCUCUAAUCACAGUGAUGGAUAUCAAUGACAACGCACCGGUGUUUGCCAUAGAGUAUGAAACCUACCUGUGUGAAACCGCUGGACCAGGACAGGUCAUUGAAACCAUAAGUGCAGUGGAUAAAGAUGAACCGCCCACCGGGCAUCGCUUCUUCUUCUCCCUUACUGCAGAGACAGCUGGAAACAUGAACUUCACUCUUAGAGACAAUAAAGACAAUACUGCUUCUAUACUAACUAAGCGGAGUGGCUUUCAGAGGAGGGAACAGGCUAUGUAUCGUCUGCCUGUGUUGAUAGUGGACAGUGGCAGCCCGGCCCUGAGCAGCACUAACACACUGUCUAUAAGAGUGUGUGACUGUGACUCUGAUGGGACUCCCCAGUCGUGUGGCACAGAGGCCUUCAUGCUGUCAGCGGGUCUCAGCACCGGAGCGCUGGUUGCCAUCCUGGCUUGCAUCAUCACUCUGCUUGUGCUGGUUUUGCUGAUCGUAUCGAUGAGGAGAAGGAAAAAGGAGCCUCUGAUCCUGGAUGAGGACAGGGAUGUGCGGGAGAACAUUGUGCGCUAUGACGACGAAGGCGGUGGCGAGGAAGACACGGAGGCCUUUGAUAUGGUGGCUUUGAGAAACCUCAACGUAGUGCGAGACAGCAAAGCCCGGAGAGACGUCACCCCCGAAGUUUCUACCCUGUACUGCUCCCGUCCUCCACCUUACAAAAUCACCCCGGACAACGGCAUCUUCCGGGAGUUUAUAUGGGAUCGCCUUAAGGAUGCUGACGUGGACCCCUCCGCUCCUCCCUACGACUCCCUGCAGACCUAUGCUUUCGAGGGCAGCGGCUCGGUGGCCGAGUCCCUCAGCUCCCUGGACUCCCUGAGCACAGACUCGGAGCAGAACUAUGACUAUCUGAGCGACUGGGGUCCUCGCUUUAGGAAGCUGGCCGACCUGUACGGCCACGGCGACAGCAGCAAUAUAUUCUCCUCCUAGCUGGGAUUAAAAUUCCUGCCAAGGUCUGCUCAAUCAAGGGCAUAAUGGAAAUGAACAAUGAUCAAGAGAGAACCACUGACUCAUUGAGCAGGAAAAAAAAGGGGAACAGUCAAUGCGCGGGGGGAUAUAUCUGCAGAGAGCAGCGGUUUUGAUAAAAAAUAGACAGUGGAGAUUCAACUUUGAAGCACUUCUAUUUAAAAUUGCAGUUAGAUGCCAAGUCUAGACUUGGGGUGUGGUCACAAAGUUAAAGAGAGGUCUUCAAGCCCAAGAGAAUAAUGGACCGUGGGAUGCAGGGCCGUGUGAGCCGGCCCAGGAAUACCAAUUGUGCAGAAGAGACAUUUAAAGUGCUAUCCUCACGGUUAUAAAAUGAGAACGGUACCAUACAGCGCCGUUGCGUGAAAGAUCAAUGUUUCUGUUGCGUCAAAUGUGACUCACACAAAAAAAAAAUUUAAUCGAACAACCGGGAACGCCAAUAUCUUUUCCAAACAUAUUGCAUAGUGAGAAACUGCAAAUGUUGCUUUGUAAAAUAUCCUUUAUGCAUAGCUUCACAUCUGUUAUCUGGCCUUAGUUCUGUAAGACGUUUCGGCCGAGCCGCAUCACUAUCGCAACUUCUGUAAUAGCCUGCGGUUACGCUGACCAAAAUACAAGUCAAACCCGUAGUGAAUAGGCUAUGGAGGGUUUGAGCCGGACAUACCGGAGUGGAUUUAAUCAUGGAAAAUAUAUAGUACUUGCCUUUCAGUUGAGGCUGUCAACCUGAGUUAUUUUGAGAUGUUAUUUUGUAAGUUUGUAGAGCGAACCCUUACGACAGUAAAGGGGUUUGAAAUGAAGUAUUUUGUAUUAAGCCUAUUCCUUUCCUUUUGAAAAACCUCAAUCGGCAACAUGUUUUUGUAGUUCUCUAUGCUGUCCUGUGUACAGUUUUUUGGCAGUGGUUCUUGCUGAAUGUUGUGAGAGCUGUUUUGUUUUUGUUUUUUUGUUUUCAAAGCAGGCCUAUUGUUCAUAUCUGAGUGAGUUUGAGUGGCUGUAAAAGAGUGUAAAGAAAUGAUCCUACAGUAAACAAUUACUGCUGAACCAGUGUAUAAGAUAAGGACAACACAGAACUUAAUUCAGUACGGUAUAUUCAAUGUUUAGCUGUUGUCCGGCAGGUUAUUAUGGUUUUAAAUUGUAACAAUAUAAAAUGAAAUUAGCAGUCUAUGGUGUUAUACACAUGCUAAAUUCUAAAGCCGGAAAGACAUUUUGUACAGAUUUUUGUAAUAAAGCAAAUUACAGCACACAGCUUGGCGUGACAAAUU